AUGAGGGACCUCUGGUACAUCUUGAGCGAACGCAGCUCUGGAGGAGCACAAACAGUGCUUUCCAUCUGUAAAACCAACAUCCACCUGAGGCUGUUCCUGUUCGAUCGUAUUCGCACCCAGAGCAUCAUGUGGCCAGCCCUCCUAGUGUGUCAGCUCGUCCUGAUUCUCCAGUCAGAGGCUCAGAGUCCCUGCCUCACCCGCCCAACAUUCAGAGACCCGGACAACUCUGAUAUCACAGUUGUGUGUGGCACAAACAGGAUGGAACUUCAGAUUUUGCUGUGCCCCUUGUACUUUUAUGGAUAUAAUGAAUCCAUGGCGGCUCUUAAUGGUCAGUUCGGCAAACCUGAGUGCAGAGGAACUGCUGACUGGACCGUCGACCCACCUGUAAUGAAAUUCCAAUUCUACAUCACUGAACCAUACAUAUCAGUCUGCGCCAAUAAGCUGACGAUCACUGAGGAGAUUGGAACUGGGCUGUUCUCCGACUUCUCUAGCGUGCAGUCUGUGAACAUCUCUGGGAUGGUCAGCACCCAGGACCCGAAUGCUGGAACCAUCACCUACCGGCAGGAGAUGAAAUACCUCUUUUCCUGUAGAUACCCACUGCAGUACUUGGUUAACAACACAGAGAUGAGUGUAUCUGGAGUGAGUCUGGCAAUUAAGGACAAUAAUGGUAGUUUCAUCAGCACUCUAAGCCUGGCUCUUUUUGAGGACUUCACAUAUACAACCCGUCUCUUCAUGCCUCCAACGGGUCUCAUGCUGAAGACCAGGGUUUUUGUGGAAGUCCGAGCUACUAAUCUCACAGAGAGAUUCAAUGUUCUGUUGGAUCGAUGCCAUGCAACCACAAGUCCUUAUCCUGGAAACAGCACAUCAUUCGACCUGUUUGUGGGAUGCAACCGUGAUCUGCAAACCAUAAUGGGUGUGAAUGGAGAACAGCAGUUGGCGCGCUUCUCGUUUGAGACUUUUCGCUUUGUGGAGCACAGAAACAGGACGGUGUCCACCUUUUAUCUGCACUGCGCCACCAGGCUCUGUGAGAGCUCUUUCUGUAGGUCUUUACGGCAGAACUGCACAAGUUCCGGAAGAAAGAGGAGGGCCGUCCAAUCAGAUCAAGGAACCUCAGUGAGUGAUGUUGCCAUGGUGAGCUCUGGGGCAAUCAUCACCAAAGUGGAUGGUAAGAACAGUCAGCUUUUUGAGAUGUCUAAGGAUCAGAAGCAGGACAAGGCAGUGGUGGGCAUCUCUGUGGCAGCGGGGGUAUUUGGAGGUCUCUGUGUCAUUAUGCUGGCUGUGCUCAUCUUCAAGCUCCGCAAGGACAAGUUCACUACAGACAAAUCAAACCUUUUCCAUUGACCGCUUUCAGAGAUCCCAGUCAUCAUCGUGAAAUCUGUUCACAUAGACACUACGUCUGUAGUUUGGUUGAGCUCAAGAUUUAGAGGACAGGAAUGGGAUGACGAGUAGAUGAUGCCACGAGGAAGAACAAAAUGUCAUGAAACCACGAUUAUAAAUAGAUGUGUGCCUUAAAACAGUCUACUGAAUGGAUUUGAUUUGUGAAAAUGUUUUUCAUGCCAGUGUUCAU